GUCAUCAUCAACAAGAACAAAGUACCCGGUACAUUAAAUGAAAAUCGAAAUUUCAAGAAAAAUUACAAAAAACGGGAAGACGCGCAUUAUAACUCGUGGUCAUAAGAAGAUGCUAGAUACUUUUGUUGAAGAAACAGUAGAUCGAGGGUAUUAUUCAGAACGCAAAGCGAGAUUGGUAAUAUUUUGUAGCUUGAUCUGCAACGAUAAGUAAUGCUUGUAUGAUGAACAUAAAGUGUGUGUACGAAUCAUGUGAUACUAUUCGUUGAUGAAAAAGUAUGAAAGUUUUUUCCGAAGCUGCUGGUCGUGUGUCGCGAUUCUACACCCGAUAUCCACGCUUCGCGCCCCUCCUCGCUGGUAUCCAUCUCUACGGGGCUACUGAUAUCGUGGCGAACCGCAUUGAUUAUGGCGAAUAGAAGCCUGACGCUCAAGGCUACAACAGGGACUGGUACUCGAGAUUCGCUUGCAAACGGCGGCCUAGAAGUUUUUGGAAGUGGAGUCGUCGAGUUUAUUAGUAUGAAGUGGCCUGCGCUAAGGCUAACAUUCGAUGAAGAGACUCAUGAUCCAUUGGGUAAGUAUUUCACAGAUUCUAAUUUGUGCAUUAUUUGUCGGAGCCGAAGCGCCUAAACCCGUGUCGGACCUUGGGGGUCAUGUCUGCCGCUCCUAUCUGCAAUGGAGCACUCAUUUUUAUGGACUAAGAAAGGACUAAUCGCUGUCGCUCUAGUUUUUUUUUCGCAGCGUGUCUGAGUCUGAUGCUCCGCCGAGUGAGAAGUAGAGAUUGUACCUCGAGGGAUUAAUAUGAGAUCGUACCUUCUUCACACCCCGUUUCCCCUGUUCGUCGUUUGUUCUCGUUCCUUUCUUCAUGUUUCACGCCUACCGAGCAGCCGACGCUCUUUUCGGGAGUAGCGUGAAGAGAUUUUGGCACGACGUUGUCCCGAAAGUGCUGUUUAUGCAGCUUGUCUGGACGCCAACGAGCAUAGCCUUGUAUGUCUUCUGGUCCACGACAUUUCAUCUGUUUUACGAAAUCAUCUGGGACAGACUUUACGCUAUGCGCAUGGGCAUGCCUUCACACGGAGAACAAGUCUCGAACUCAGGUAUGGUGGUCACAAGUAUUAUUUCAUUAUCAGGGAAUCAAGAAAGUCAACACGUGAUGAACAUAGACGCUUUGUCGUCUACUUGUCGGGCAGUAGCGGAACAAGAAAAGUCGCAAAAUCAGCAAGGACAUGAACAAGAAAAAACAGUGGACGUUUCAGACGCACGUAACCGCGGAUCUAGGAUUCCGGUGUGCCUUGCACGGGUAGGUGAAUCGCUGACGAACAUGGAGGUCACCGAUUUUGAAGUUGUAAAGCUAGAUUGUACAAUCGAUAAUGGAAUAGAGACGGACAAAGGAAAGCAGCACCAGCAGAAGCAGGACCUUGCCAAGAAUGCUAAUACCUCUUGUUCGGGAGCAACCUGGAUGACUCUCCGUGAACUGGAGCGAUUGAAAUCCGAAGUGGCACGUCUUCAUCGGACAAGUCUUCAGCGGAGAGCGAAUCUUGUGUCGGAGGACCAGGAGGAGAAACCUACGGGAUUAUCAAAAUUUACAACUACGAGCAGUAAUACGGCCAAGGACCACACUGCUGCAACAACUGUUACGGUAGAACAAGAACAUUCCCCGACUUCUAGUCGUCCCACGCAUGAUAAGCUGUCGUCCAUGUACAGUGUCGUGCCUCGUCUGGCCAUGCAAAGACUGGAGGAUACUUUUGCGGAGAUUUUUUUGACAUCAUGGUUUGUGUGGCCAGUCAGCGAUUGCUUGAAUUUCCGCGUGAUUCAGCGACAUUUCUCACCACAUUUUAGGGCCACGUGGGAUGCUAUCGUAGGCCUCUUUUGGAACACAUAUCAAAGCUAUGCUACAUUCAAAACUUCCUCCACCUCCUAUUAUAAUGAUGAAACUAGUACUGGCAGAUUUUUAAGAAUUUUACCUUCAGGAACUGGUCUUGAUGAUAAUUCCACAUCUUGUCUUGAGAGCAGGAAAAGAAGGUAAGUAAAAGAAUCAAUGCUAUGUUCGGC